AUGGCCGCCCGAUCCGCUAGCGAGCCCGUUGAGCUCCAGGCGCCCAACGGCGUCAAGUACACCCAGCCCACGGGCAUCUUCAUCAACAACGAGUUCGUCAAGGCCACGUCUGGCCAGACAAUCACCUCGAUCGACCCUGCCACAGAGAAGGACAUCGCCACCGUCCAGGCCGCAGGAGCCGAUGAUGUCGACGCCGCCGUCCAGGCCGCGUACAAGGCCCUGCGCGACCCUUCUUGGCUCCUGCAUCUCACUGCAGCUCGUGUGCUUACGCUUCAUCCAGGCAAGCCCUAUGCCGAGGCGCUCUCGGUCGACCUCGAGGAAUCCAUCACCGUCUUCCGCUACUAUGCUGGCUGGGCUGACAAGGUCUUCGGGCAAACCAUCUCUACCACUCAUCAGAAGUUCGCCUAUACCCUGCGACAACCCAUCGGCGUCGUCGGCCAGAUCAUUCCCUGGAACUAUCCCCUCUCCAUGGCAUCCUGGAAGCUCGGCCCGGCCCUGGCCUGUGGCAACACGGUCGUGAUCAAGGCGGCUGAGCAGACCCCCCUGAGCAUUCUGUUCUUGGCAUCACUCAUUAAGGAGGUCGGUUUCCCCCCUGGCGUCGUUAACGUCAUCAACGGAUACGGUAAGGAUGCUGGAUCAGCCCUAGUCGAGCACCCCAAGGUGGACAAGGUGGCCUUCACGGGCUCCACUGCGACGGCCAGGAACAUCAUGAAGAUGGCGUCCGCUACGCUGAAGAAUAUCACUCUCGAAACCGGCGGCAAGUCGCCACUGCUCGUCUUUGACGAUUGCGACCUGGAACAGGCCGUCAAGUGGUCUCACUUGGGCAUCAUGUCAAACCAGGGCCAGAUCUGCACGGCCACCUCGCGAAUCCUGGUCCAGGACAGCAUUUACGACAAGUUCGUCGAGCAGUUCACGCAGACCACCAAGACGGUCAGCCGCGUCGGCGACCAGUGGAACCCGGAGACGUACCAGGGACCGCAGGUAUCCAAGGCGCAGUACCAGCGCGUGCUGGACUACAUCGAGGUGGGCAAGUCUGAGGGCGCCAAGCUGGUCUCCGGCGGCAAGCCGUUUGACGUCAACGCCAAGGGCUUCUUCGUUGAACCCACCAUCUUCACUGAGGUCAAGAACGAGAUGCGCAUCUUCCAGGAGGAGAUCUUUGGCCCGGUCGUUGUCAUCAGCCGAUUCAGUGACGAGGCCGAGGCCGUCGGCCGAGCCAACGACUCCACCUACGGACUAGGCGCCGCUGUCUUCACCAAAGACCUCGAGCGCGCCCAUCGCGUCGCAGCGGAAAUUGAGGCUGGCAUGGUCUGGGUCAACAGCAGCCAGGACAGCGAUCCCCGAGUGCCGUUCGGAGGUGUCAAGCAGAGCGGCAUUGGCCGAGAGCUGGGUGAGGCCGGCCUGGAAGCUUACAGCCAGGUCAAGGCGGUGCACGUCAACAUGGGUAAUCGGAUCUGA